AUGUUAGAUGGAAAUCCUUCAAGUGAAAAUUCAAAACCAUUUCUGAUCACUUCUCGAUUAAGUUACUUUCCAGCAAUAACAUCGAAUAUUAUUUCUCAUGAACAAACGAAUAAUUUUUAUAGUAAUUAUAUUUCACUUGAAGAAACAAUUUACAGUCGAACAGAUUGGUAUUGUAAUCGAGGAAUUGUUAUUUUCUAUAAAUCAAGUAAAACAAAAAAAUGUCUUUGUCCACCAAGUUAUUUUGGUUCACGAUGUCAAUGGCAAAAUCAACGUAUAAGUUUAACAUUACAAUUUAUCUAUCAUUCUUCAACAUAUUUAAUAUCUAUAUUUCAAAUUCUUAUUAUAAUUAUUGAUCAACAAAGAGAAAUUUCAUCUUAUCAUGAACAAAUAACAUAUGUACCUAAACGAGAUUAUAUUUAUAAUAAAACAGAUUUAACAUACUGGGGAAGUUGGCAUUUAUCAAUACCGUUUCAAUUUUUACCUGUUAAUCGAAUAGCUACUCAAUUAUUUCUUUCAUCUUACGAACAACCAAUAAAUUGUCCAUUAUCUUGUGGUAUUCAUGGAAAAUGUAUUGCAUAUAUUAAUAAAAAUUCUUCAUAUUUUUGUAAAUAUAAUCAAGAUUGUUCGGAUAUUUAUUGUCAAAAAGAACAUAAUUGUUCUUGUUCAUCUGAUUCAUUAUGUAUAACAUCAUCUAUUUGUAUUUGUCCAAUAAAUAAAUUUGGUUCAAAAUGUUAUUUAAAACAUUCAUUUUGUCAAUCAUGUGAAAAUAAUGGAUUAUUUAUAUCGAAUGAUAAUCGUUUUCAUUUAACAAAUAAUUUUACAUGUUUAUGUCAAGAAGAAUUUUAUGGAAUACGAUGUGAAAAUACUAAAAAUCAAAUUGAUAUUGAAUUUAACGAAGAAAUAAUAAAGAAAAUAUCAGUUAUAUUUGUACAUUAUAUAACAGCAUUUCAGAAUGCUAAACAUCAACAUACAACAACAUUUAAAAAAAAUUAUCUAUGGACAAAAUACAAUAAAACUUUUUAUAACACAACCAUUUCAUAUUAUUUUUAA